AGGUGAUAACCUCCAGAAAUGAAGUGAUGCAUUCUUCGAAAAACCAAAUGGUGGAGGAAAAAACAAAGCUGGUGCUAGAAGGGGCGAGAAAACUUUUAAAAUGUCUCGGCAUAUCCGACACAGAAUACUAUAAAGAGGCCAUACAAGAAUUACAGGAUCUAGAAGAGAACGACUUUGUAAUAAAAUACCAACCGGAAGAAUACAAACAAAUCGUAGCCAAGGUUUUAGAGGCAAAAGAAAUUGAUGCUGAGAUACACAACGCUAUUGAUGCUGAUCAUCAAUGUAAAAGUCAGAGCAAAUGUUUGCAAGAAAUGUUUGAAAAGAUCAGUGGUACUAGUUCUACAGAAAAAAAAGGUUUGGAGUUUAAACCAACUGAAUAUAAAUCCCUUGUAAAAGACUCAUUGGAGAAGAAGCAAAAAACUAUAGCAUUAGAUAAAUCUACCUGUGAUGAGGAUACCGAGGAGUACAUUGAAUUACAAGCAUUAGAAGAUAAAGCAUAGCAGGAUCUGAAAGAUGUACAUACUGAUUGCUAAACAUUGACAAGAGCUGAAAAGUGUACCAACUGUUUCAAACGUUCGUCUGGAAGCCUAUUGUGAAAGCAAAGCACGUGAUUACUUAUGUUUUCGUGAUCUUUUGGGAAGUACUACAGAAGAAGGACUCUGAGGAAAUGGUAGAAAUAAUUGAUAAUCUCCAUAAAGAAGUGAAAACUCUCCAUGAAAGCAAAAAAGGAAAUUAGUAAAGAGGUAGAGAAUCUCAGUAAAGAAGUAGAAACUCUCCAAGAAGACAAAAAGAUAAUUGAAGAGGAGGUGAAGAAAUACAAAGAAGAAAAUACAAAUUUAAAAGCAUGGAGUAUGAAGUUAAGCAUGAAUGAAGGUUAUGUGCAGCAUAUUAAACUGGACAUUGAAACAGCCAAAAAUGUUGAUACUUCGUAUAGUGUUCCUUCCUUUCAUGGAUAUAGUACGUGUGACGAAACAAUGAUGAAAAAAAUGUAUGAUGAAACACUUACUAGGAAAAAGCAAGCUGAUAUAGACACGGAAGAAUACAGAAGUGGAUAUCCAGACCAGGAAGACAACUUGGAUCUGAAUGAAAACUAUCAAUUCUUUAUGAACGAAAUUCCUUCAAAACCUCAAGGUGACUACAUCGACACUAUACAUGAACAAUGGUGGGGUGACUUCACUAAACUAGAGGGAAUCGCAAAUGUAUGCAGUGGUUAGGUAUAUCCAUUUUAUAUCACCGUUAUUUUGUUUGCCUUCAUAUUGAAUAGUAAUAUUAUAGAAAAGGUAAUAGUUUUAAACGUUGCUAAUUUGUUCACUUUUAUUGUUGUUAUUAUCUCUCAGAUAUCUUCCAAAGCGGGGUUUGAUGGCGCUAAACUUUUUCCAAACAAAAUGAUAUUAUGAACAUUCAUACAGUCAUAUAAUAGCACGAAGAGUACAUUUAAGAUAAAGACAAAUGAAUUAGUCAUCUUAUUCAUCUGCGAUAAAGAAAAGAUUCAAUUAGAUAUUGUUAAGAAAAAGCUUGUACAACCGCAUUGGUAUUGCUACAAUAUUUCAUAACAGAUAUCAGAAAUCAAUUAUCAUAUGAAUUGUAAAUUGAUGAAACAAGAUUUUAAAGAUAGUUAGACGCUACAUUUGAUUGUUUAGUCUUUGAUGUCAAAAAGGUUUACCCUAUACACGUGCCUUUGUGAAACUACACAUCCAUGGUGUUACAUUUAUGUCUGCAUAGUUUCGUUUUGUAUCAACAGAUCUCAGUUUGUUGUUUUCUUGUAUGUUUAACUAAAACGACAAUUGGUAAAAAUGUAUUUACUCUCAAUGUAUGGAGUUCAAUAAUACAAGGCUGUACUCAC